AUGAGAAGUGAGGACACCUUGCCCUGUGGCUCCAACUUUAGGGCAGUGAGCAGCCUCCUCCCCGAGGCCCACAUAGUCGGAGGUACAGCUGCCUCACCCAUGCAAUGGCCCUGGCAGGUCAGCUUCCGGGAGGAUGGAGAGCAUGUCUGUGGAGGCAGCCUCCUCAGCUCCCAGUGGUUGCUGACCGCUGCCCACUGUGUGUCCAGGGACAUCGGGGACCCCACAGAACUCAGGGUGCAGCUCCGAGAACAGCACUUGUACUACCAGGACCAGCUGCUGCCUGUCAGCAGGAUCAUUGUGCACCCCAACUUCUACACCGUGCAGGAAGGUUCUGACAUCGCCCUGCUGGAACUCCAGGAGCCCGUGAAAAUCUCCAGCCACGUGCAACCCGUCACCCUGCCCCCUGCCUCUGAGACCUUCCCAACUGGAACUCCUUGCUGGCUGACGGGCUGGGGCGACGUGGGCGAUGGAGCUCCCCUGCCACCCCCAUUCCCUCUGAAGCAGGUGACAGUCCCCAUCAUUGAAAACAGCCUUUGUGAUACCAACUACCACAUGGGUCUCAACACUGGGGACAAUGUCCGCAUCAUCCAUGAUGACAUGAUAUGUGCUGGAAAUACCAAGAAGGACUCCUGCCAGGGUGACUCCGGAGGGCCCCUGGUCUGCAAGCUGAAUGGCACCUGGAUGCAGGCGGGUGUGGUCAGCUGGGGCGAGGGCUGUGCUCAGCCCAACCGACCGGGCAUCUACACCAGGGUCACCCACUACUUGGACUGGAUCUACCACUAUGUCCCCAAGGAGCCCUGA